AUGACCCGCCCAUUCCAACUGCCCAACGAUGUGCUCCUCCUAGUAGGAGAACAGUUGGAUAACCAUGCAGACCGCUGGAACCUAAUCUUUAUCUCCCAACGCUUUCAUGAUCUCUUUCUCUCACUGGUUUACCGGACGGUACGGCUGAACCACUGGCGUGACGCUUAUUCGUUCAUUUGCGCUAUCACAAAACGACCUUCUCUUGCUCGAGUAGUGCGCGAGCUUGACUUGAGUCGUUGGCGGAAGGAGUCAAUCCCUCAAGCAGACUGGGACGUGCUACAGAGAUCCUCCAUCUUAAAGGGCCGUCUCGAAGUCUCGUCAUAUUCUCAGGAUGAAACGGCGCAAUGGGUGGAACAUCUUGCACAAGGUCGCGGUGACACGUGGAGUGCUUUGAUGCUGCCAUUGCUGACCCAGCUUUGGCAGCUUCAUCUCGUCUAUUCCAUACCUUCCAUUUGCUUGAACCGUAUCAUGCAACGGGCUAUCAAUAACGAGCGUCCAUUCCAGUCGCAACCCGCUUUUCAGCAUCUGUCCAAAGUCUCUUUACACCAUCGAGAGGACCUUGAUCGACCCACAGCCCAUGUAAAUGCGGGAAAUGGCUCUCAUGAAGAUCAGUCGGCCCUGCUGUUGUCUUUUUUCCAGUUGCCUUCCAUGCGCUCAGUUUUUGCCAACUCGGUAGUGGACCCGACUUCGAUCUCGAUCGUCCCGGAUCUUGAGACAGAGGAAACCGAGCAAGUGAGUGUGGCCCGUUCGUCGAUUACCGAAAUUGACCUACGUCGCAGCAGUGGGAACCGCGGUAUGGAUGCUUUGAUAGCCACGUGUGCAGACCUAAAAUCGUUCAAAUAUCAGCAUUCGGAUUCGCAUCUUACCUCUCACGGCUAUCAACCAACUGCCUUCUAUCGCUCUUUGACUCGCAGCAAGCGGAGCCUCCAGAGUUUAUGGCUUGAUCACUAUGGCGAUCAUUAUCCUUUCACUUCUGCCGGACUCAAUCAAACCCAUGAUGAAUGGUUUGGAUCCCUAGCUGAUUUCUCGGCCCUCAGAGAGCUUCGCAUCCGACUAGCAAAUCUUCUUGACAUUCGAUAUCAAAGCGAACCGAUAAGCCCUCUCAUCAAUUCAUUGCCUGGAUCUCUAGAGAUUCUUUACAUCGAGGGAUGCGAGGAGCGGCAUAUGGGCAUGCUAGUCUCACAACUCCGGACUGUCAUCAGAAACCGCCGCUCACAAUUCCCUCACCUUCGAUGCCUAAAUAUUGAAGGCUCCUUUCGGAACGCCUCGGCCGAUGAGCUUGGUGACACUAGCGCCUCGGCACCCGAGCCCGCCGAUGACACCAUCAAACCCAAGAUUGUGCAAGCUGCAGAGCCAUUGCACGAGGAUUGUGCUUCUGCUGGGCUGGAAUUGCAUGUCUAUGACCGCACUUUCUCUCAAAAACCCCAUUGA